AUGUAUUUUAUUUAAAAUAAUCGUAUAGCUUUUGUAUCGUAGCGGACAGGAGCCAAUCAGAAGCAAGAGACUCAGCCUCCGAAUGUCAUCAUCCAAUCAUUGGCACGUAACCCUGUGAACGGCCAAUCAGACGCGCUGUGUAGUGUGAGGUGGGCGGGACCAUGUUUGUGGGUAGGACGCUAACGUGCAGUAUGGCGGACGAUGGGGACGGCAGGAGCGGAGUAGCUGACACAAGCAGCGGCCAGGGGACAACGACAGAGGAGUUGGAUCCGGGGCCCGGUGUCGGCGGCAUGCUUCUUAACUUGGCCUUGUUUAUUGUGUUCGUGGCCGUUUGCUACGGCGUUUACCGACGGUGGUUCAGGAGGUCAGGCGCUGACGCGAGCCGGGGAGACGAGGCCUCGGCUUUGCCCAAGAUGGGCCGGCGGGACUUCACUCUGGAGCAGCUGCGGGAGUACGACGGCGUCCAGAACCCGCGCAUUCUCAUGGCGGUCAACAUGAAAGUCUUUGACGUGACCAGCGGCAAAAAGUUUUACGGACGCGAGGGGCCAUAUGGGAUCUUUGCGGGUCGUGACGCCUCUCGUGGGUUGGCUACGUUUUGUCUGGAGAAAGAUGCACUACGAGACGAAUACGACGAUCUGUCAGAUCUCAACGCUGUUCAGAUGGAGAGCGUCAGAGAAUGGGAGAUGCAGUUUAUGGAAAAAUACGACUACGUGGGUCGCUUGCUGAAGCCUGGUGACGAACCUUCGGAAUACACAGACGAGGAAGACAUAAAGGACCAUCUGAAACACGACUGACGUGACCAAAUCCCGAGACUCAGACCGCUAAGCGUCCAGCCAAUUUAUCCCCCCGCCCUCCCCUUGUAUCCCACUCUUUAGCCCCAAACUCUAAACUAUCGGACAACUACUAGUUCAUCGGAGUAGAUUGCGCAGAUUUUGCAUCUCGUCUCCAAUAUCACAUCCCCAGGCAGGAGCGUCUGUGUGCCGGCAGCAGAAAGUGUCCUGCAGGAACCAGUGCUACAAAAAAACCAGACGGCUCAGAUGUAGGUCUGUUCGGCAAACUUUUUGAUUUGGAGCAUUAAAUCGAAUCCAUACUUGCCUCAAGGUGUCCCUUUAUACCUGCUACAAACUUUUGGUGGUUGUUCAUCCCUUUUCUCCAUUCAUACCCUGCUUUUUUUUGUUUGUUUGUUUUGUUUUUCCCAACUCCAGCACACCUGCUUCAACUCUUCAGCCAAAUAUCAAGCCCUUCUUGAGCUGAGUAAGGUGUGUUUAAGAAGGGAAAAUCAAAAAGCGCUCGAAUUUCCUUGGAUUAGGAGCGAGAAUCACCAUCGUUUUGUGAAUUACUUCAUUUCCAAUCUCCCAGUGUGGCUCUGUACUCCAUCACAGUGUACUGGGAAAAGGUAUUAUUUACCCCUUUGUGUUUGCCCCCUCACUCCUGCUCUACUGCAGCCACGGGCCUUGGCUUGGUCUCCUGUUCACCUGUAUACACUUGUUCCAUAUACUCUAAGCACUUAGUCCCGUAUGUUUAAGCAGUCCUGGGUCUUCUGCCCGUGUGUGUGUGUGUGUGUGUGUGUCCUAGUGAUGGACUGGAAAUGUGAAAAGAUAUUCAAAGUAUGAAACACUGAAACCCCACGUUUUCAUUUAAAGAAGUCAAUGAGAAGACUUGCGCUAAUGGAACUGUGGAGGGGGGUGGUAAAGUGGUACGAUCCCAAACUGGAUUACAGCUACUUUUAUUUGUAUUUUUUUUCUCUUUUUUUUUUUUAAAACACGCUCCAUUUUAAAAUACCUGCAAAUCGAGGGGUCGUUCAAAUCGAGAGGUCGUACGUUGAUAUCAUUCUGAAGUGUGAGCAAUCUUUAAGCAUUAAAUGUCCCCCCCCCUUUUUUUUUUGUGGGAAUGGUAUAAACUUUUUGUACCAAGACUUCAGGUAGGUAAUUUUUUUUUUUUUUUUUUUUUUUAAUUUGUUAUUCCAGGUGGGCGAUGAGGGAAGAAAAUAUCGGAAGUAGAGGGAUGUUGCGAGAAACCAAUUUUUUAACAAAUAUUAUUUCUUUUUUUUACAAUUCAAAGUUUAGAGUUGCAAAGGGAAAAUCGACUUUCAAUCCCGUAAACUGCUUCGAGCGUCGCGGUGUCCGUCUGUCCGUCAAUCCUGUCGUUCUUCAACUCUUUAAUGGAAACAGCAUAAGUAGAAAUUGUGCCUUAUGUGAUUCUUUUUUUUUUUUGCCUCUUCGAAAACAAUUCACGGCAAAAAUCAAUAGAAGGGAAAUCGAGGAAGAAGGAAAACGUAGUGAAGCGUCGCCCUUUUCCGACGUUCUCCCGUGGACGGUGUUCUACGUUCUUCCUAUGUGCCCUUUUUAACUAUUCAAACAAUGAAAAGGCAUGCUUCAGGCUCUAAAGAUCGUUCUCCACGUCAUUGCCACCUUGUACAUAGACUUUAUAAAAUAUUCAGUGUUACUGCCAUGUUGCUGUAGUUAAUGGACUCUGUAUACUACUGUGUUGUAUUGGCCAUAAAUCUGUCCCAUCAUUCUUUCUCUCUUUCCGUCUUUCUUUCUUUUCUCCACUGACGUCCAUUUUAAGUGUGGAAGAAACAGUAUGAGAUGUAUUUCGGAGGCUAGGCAGGGGUGCGAAGGAUUAAACACUUUUUGUUGCAUUUCUUUUUUGGGGGAAAGGGUGGGAGGUGAAGAGAAACGGUGGAUUCUGUAAAUAUGUGUAUCAUUUUAUUGAAGCAUGUACAGCAUAACUAUGAGCUAAUGCUGGUUUCUCCCCACAUCACGUAUUUAAUUGUUGGGUGCGUGAGCGAGCGAGAGGAAGCGAUGUGUCGAUGCAUAAACAAAUAAACAGAUUUGGAUAAUAAAA